GGGAGGGUGGCCGUGCAGCAGGAAAGACUGCUCAUACGCACACAGGGAUCCAGGGACAGCAGCCUCCUGCACUGGAAUCUAGAGCCACACCGCAAAAGAGAGUUAAAGAAGAAACCCUCAACUAACUCUUCACAAUGGCAGACAAAAUCAAAGAUGCCAAGAUCAUCUUUGUUGUGGGCGGGCCUGGCUCUGGAAAGGGUACCCAGUGUGAGAAGGUAGUGACAAAGUACGGCUACACCCACCUGUCCUCUGGGGAUCUGCUGCGUGCUGAAGUGGCUUCUGGCUCUGAGAGGGGCAAACAGCUCCAGGCCAUCAUGCAGAAGGGAGAGCUGGUGCCCCUGGACACAGUCUUAGACAUGAUCAAGGAUGCCAUGAUUGCCAAGGCUGAUGUCUCCAAGGGCUUCCUCAUCGAUGGUUACCCCCGUGAGGUGAAGCAGGGUGAGGAGUUUGAGAAGAAGAUUGGCAAACCCUGCCUGCUGCUGUACAUCGACGCUAAAGCAGAGACCAUGGUCAAAAGGCUUAUGAAGCGUGGUGAGACCAGCGGCCGCGCCGAUGACAACGAGGAAACCAUCAAGAAGCGCCUGGACUUGUACUACAAAGCCACCGAGCCAGUCAUUGCCUUUUAUGAGAGUCGUGGUAUCGUUAAGAAGAUUGACUCCGAGCUGCCGGUGGAUGAGGUCUUCAGUCAAGUUGCCAAAGCCAUUGAUGCACUGUAGUAAAACAUCGUGACUGGAUGAACGUUGUCUCUGGUUGUUUCAUUUUUCUGUGUCCAUGUUGUAAGGACAAAACAACAACAGCAACAACAACAGGAACAGGAACCACAAACUCCCCAGCUAUCUUUAUUAAAAAUCAUCAUUAAGGAUUAUAACAUGCCUUAACGCUACUCCCAAUCCAGCAGUGAGAAUCUCCAGUGUUAAACUCACCACCAGACAUAUACGUUAGCUACAGAUGAUCAAUCAGUUUGUAUCUUCAAGUCUUGUCUAUGCUCUCUCUGUGAUGAAUGUGUGUGGGUGUGUAACAGGGCAAGUGUCACUAAACUGCUGCCCAGUGCCUAAAGUACUCUUUAUGUGUUACUUUGUUGAAAUUUUACUUCAAAAGUAAAAAAAAAAAAAAAAAAAAAAAAAUACUAGCUUAAGAAUUUACUUUGGUAAAAGUAAAAAUAGCUUAAAACACAGUUUAAGAAAGAGAGGAGUUUAAGAUAGGAGUCUUCUAACUGAGAAAAAAUUUGAAAAUAUAAUAGAUAGUGCACAAAGUAAAGCCAGAUUAAUCGUCUCCUCUUUGCCGACUGACCAGUCACUGUGAACUUGUCCACAAUUGUCCACGAUUGUCCAUUAGUCCAGAUCUAAAUAGUUAUAGAGAUUUUAAAUAAUAUGUGAUUUACAAGGUAGCUAAUUACAAUACUUCAGAAAAAAAAAAGUAUUUAACUCAGUAAAAUUACUGACCAGUUAUUUGUUCCCUUGCACCUGAGUGUGAGGAUGAUGCGUAUAGAUCACAUUCACGUGAUCAAAGACACAGAGAGACAGGGGUACACACACCCACACAUAACACGUCUUAACCUUACAUGUACAACCUGCACUUUGCAAAACUAAUACCACCUCUCUUCACUCCUCUGCUGUAUACAGAACCUAAAGUUUAUGAGAAAAUAUAUAGGCUCCAUUAUAAUAAAUGAAUAACAAUGAGUAACUGAUGCAGGUCGGCCACAGCAGGCACAUCUGUAAGCUGUUACCAUUUUUUUUUUUUUUUCUACUGAGAAGUCCUUUUAUCCACUUUUAUCAGCCACCCUGCAUUUCAUGCACUCCUUCAUAUUUAUCAGCUUGCCUCUAUAUUUAAGCACAGUAAUAUUUCUUCAUUCAUCAAGGUGUAUAAAUGUAACAUAAAUGUAACAUUCAUGGACACCGCAAGGGUGGUAAAUGUAAUAUAUGCACAAAUAAGGAAUUAAAGUUUUUUUUUUAUUUGA